AUGAUCAUUGUCUAGCUAUGGAGGGAACUGCUGAAACGUCACCGUCUGUGCUGCAUUAUCAUGUUGUCCUACUGGGAAGAACAGGAGUUGGUAAAAGUGCAACAGCUAACAGCAUCUUGGGAAGAAAAGCUUUCAUUUCAAAGAAAAGUUUUAAGUCUGUGACACAAGAAGUUCAGAGUGAAAGCAUUACCAGAGAUGGAGUGAAUCUUACAGUCUAUGAUACUCCUGGAUUAUUUGACCCAGAAACACUAAAAAUGAGUCCUGAAGAGUUUCUUAGACAAUUUAUUGGGCUUCCAGAGUUUAACACGCAGGAUCCACUUGUGUAUUUACUGGUGAUCAAGUCAGACAGAUUCACUGCAGAAGAGAAAAACACUGUAGAGUCGAUUGAAGAGUUCUUGCCAGACUUUCUCAAAAAAAACACCUGGAUUAUUUUCACCAGAGGAGAUGAGCUGGAGAGAGAAGAUCUCACCCUUGAAGAAUUCAUUGAAGAAGCUGAAGACCUCAAAGAGGUUGUUGAGAGAUUUGACUACAGAUACUUUAUCUUCAACAACAUCACACAAUCUCCAGAACAAGUUCAUAAUUUAAUAGAGAAGAUUAAACUCAUAAAGCCAGAGAGACGAAACGAAACAGAAACAUUUCUGGAAAGACAAAUAAUUGCUGAAAACAACAGAGAGAGAAGGCUGAUUCUGCUGGGGAAGACGGGUGUUGGGAAAAGUGCCACGGGGAAUACCAUCCUGGGGAUAAAUGCCUUUAAAUCUGAGCAAAACUUCAACUCUGUAACAAAACAGUCUGAAAAGUUGUCGUCAGUUGUUGCAGGGAGAGACGUGUCAGUUAUUGACACGCCUGGAUUUUUUGAUUUAAAUGUAAAACCAGGUAUAAUAUCAAAAGAAAUUGGGAGGAGUAUCCAUCUGUGCAGUCCAGGCCCGCAUGCAUUCCUGUAUGUGAUUUCUCUUUCAGAGAGAUUCACAAAAGCAGAUGAAUCUGUUGUUGUUAACAUUGAAAAGCUGUUCGGAAAAGGUAUGUUAAAGUACACAAUCCCUGUGUUCACCCAUGGAGAUCAGUUAGAGGGAGAGAGUGUGGAAGAUCUCAUUACACAGAAUGAAACACUCAGCAAGAUUGUUCAGCGGUGUGGAGGAGUGUACCACAUCAUGAAUAAUAAAGAUCCAAGAAACAGAAAGCAGGUGAACGAUCUGCUGCAGAAGAUUGACAGAAUAAUAGAUGAGAAUGGAGGAAGCUGCUACUCCAAUAAGAUGUUUUCAGAUGGUUUGAGACUCAAAAUCAAGGUCUUUUUUAUUAAGUACAAAGGAGUUUUCAUUACUAUAGGUUUAUUUCUGUUAAUUGUAGCAUUAAUGUUUGUACCCAUUGUCCUGCUGGGACUACUUCAUUCUGGAAUAAGUGGGUUACCAAUAGCAGUCUCAUUGGCAAAGGGGUUUGGUGUGACACUACAAACCUCUGUGAUAUAAGUUUACCAUAUUUUUAUCAUGUUAAAAUUGAAUGGUUUUUGCCAGCUGUUAUUAGUUACAGUACCUUGUUUCAUUUUAUUUAAUUAUUUUUUUUCCAGCUGAACUCACUGACAGCAUGUCCCCUUAAGGUUUUCUAAUGACAAUUCUGCAGAUGUUGUUCAGUGAUUACAGAGGACUACAGUAUUGUGGAGGAUUGUAGCAUAUGUGUGCAGGUCUAAUAUAAACUAAGGAUUGCUGAUGUUGUGCUGCAUCUUCUUUUGUUUAAAAGUAACUGUGUAGUUACAAAUAGAGUGAAAAUCUGUUUGCUAAUUGUACAAUCAGCUUUAUUUGUAUAGCGCUUUUACAAUGUAGAUACAUUGUUCAGCAUGUACACAUUAGUACACUAAAUAACUUUACAUUUUUGGGGGCUAAACCAGGUUUUUGUGAAGUGAGCAUUGUAUCAGUUCAUAUAAUAUGGUUAUUUUCUGUAAA